ACCAGGUGAAAUAAAUUUCCUCGAUUGAAGUGUCUCCGUCAGACUGAAUAAAACCACCUACUGAGCCGGUAGCAACUAUUCGGUCAGGAUGGCUUUCUCCUGGUGUUCUGCACUGCUUUUGGGCCUGGUGGCUGCCGGUUUAGUAAAUGCAGACAUGAAGCUGGACUGCAGGCCUGAUUACAUGACGCUGGUGUGGUCGGAGAGCAGAUCGCAGGCCGACACUUCACUCUUCCGGCUGGGGAGCUGCGUUCCCACCAGCGUCUCGGCUCGGGAGGCUGUUUUCAGAGUGCAUCUCAAUGAUUGUAACUUUAGGAUGCUGGUUACCGGGAAUCACCUGAUGUACACCAAUGAGCUGGUCUACUAUUCUCCUCCUAAUUCUGUGACACCUUCCUUCUCCCUCCCUGUUGUCUGUGCGUAUGAAAGGCCUAAAGACUGGAACCCUGUGAUUUAUAACCCAGUGUUUAAUACGUAUGGUCAAGAUGAUCUUGUCUUCUCUUUUGGAAUUAUGAACGAUGACUUCUCUGGUCCUGCUGAAAGCACCAGUUUUUCUCUGGGCUCCUUCAUUCACAUCAUGGCCAGCGUGGAGCAGCAGCACCACCAGCCUUUACUGAUGCUGUUAGAUGAAUGUGUCGCUGCCACGUCACCAGAGCUGCAGCAUGAAGUCGCUUUAUACCCAAUAAUCACCAAUAAGGGGUGUCUUGUGGACAGUAAGACCUCACUCUCCAGAUUUGAACCAAGAGUAAAGUCAUCAGAGAUCCACUUGUCCCUUCAAGCCUUCAGGUUUGCUCUGGGAGAGGAGGUAUUUAUUCAUUGCAAUCUUUUGGCUUGGGACCCCAAUGCUCUUGACCACACUAAGAAGGCCUGCAACUAUGUCAAAGAUCAUGGCUGGGAGUUGCUGGACCAUCCUACAUACAGCAGUAUAUGUGACUGCUGUGAAUCCAGCUGUAAGUCCAGGAAGACAAGAAGUCUGACAUCAGGGAAGCAUGGAGUUGAACGUAAAGCAGUCCUUGGGCCCAUUACCAUCACGGAUUCCUGAAAUGUCAACUUGAGUUAACAUUGGAAUACACCAACACCACUGUCCUCAGCUGCCCUCAGACUCUUCAAUUAAUGGUCUCCUUCAGUCCAAUUUGGGUUUUUAUUCUAAGUUACACGAGCUUCUAAAAGCUUAGUGGCUGCUUGUCUCUUGCAUUUCGCAUCCGUGGUCAUUAAAGAUGUAUCCACUUGA